AUGCAAGUGAAUGAUGUUAAAUAUAAAGACUAUAUACAGGAAAUAUCUACCAUCCUCGCUUGUAUUAAUAUGCUGACGUUGUAUUAUAAAUUGACAUUUGUUAAUACAAAUAUAACAAAAUCUGUUCGUUACACUGAUGUAGUUCAAAUGAUUUAUGACGUAUUUCAAUAUAUAGUAGAUUUAUAUUUUGUUUAUAAAUAUGGAGCAGAGAUGUGUUUUGAAUAUAUAAAGCAAUACGCCUUUAUUGACGGCUUUCUCGGUACCGACUUCUAUAAUUCAAUAAGACGGAGGCUUAUCAAGAUCAUGAUCUUUUACUUGUUCAUGUGGCUGUUAAAUAGUUCCUUUGAUUACUUUAUUUGGGCGAAUGGCUUUGGAUUUACUGUAACCACAGCAUAUUCUAUUGCAUACAUCUACAUAUUAAUAAAGAUACUUACGAAUCUAGAUCUAACUGUUAACGUGAUGCAGGUGGAAUGUAGACUUCGAGCUUUAGCUGAAAUAGUCAAAGAUUGUUCUAGUGCUACAGAAAGUGCUCCAGGUAUGAACGAAGACAUCACUAAGAGAGAUUGGUUUUAUCAUGAGGGAUCAAGAGAAAGUGGUAAACCAAAGUUCCUCUCAAUUAGCAUUGUUUCGUGUCUAGAUCGACAGCAAGUAAGGCGAUUGAGUAGGUGUUACUUGUUGUUGACUGAACAAGUAACUUUUAUCAACAAGAUGUAUGGAAUGAGGAUCUUAAUGAACAGCUUAAGUUUACUGAUCGAUUUGGUUCGAUUUACUAAUUUAACCGUUCUUCUUUUUAUUGGAUCGCAGGUUACAGGCUACGCACAUGGAUACUAUAACGCGAUAACAACAAUUUGGAGAACCAUGACAUGCAUUGUUGUUAUAACAUCUCUCGUUGACCACUGCGAACGUGUUUACAAACAGCGAGAAAGGAUAAUCUGUUUGUUGGAUCAUUUGAUUAUCAACAAAAAUCUUGAUGAGCCGCUACUGAGUGCGUUUAGCGAGCUUCGAGCUUUGGUGCAGUCGCGUGCAAUCAACUUCCACAUGGCUCAUUUUAUACGAAUUGAAUAUCCUCUGUUGGUGUCCAUUGCUUCCGUCGUCGUCACAUACACUAUUAUACUUCUACAAAGUGUUAAUAAUAAUUGA